AUCACUAAUCAUAGUAAUCAAUAAUCAUAUUUCAUUACAUUUUACAUCAUUAAUUAAUAAUUAUAAUAAUAAAUACUAUGACUAUCUCUUAAAAAUAUUUAAUUCAAUUUCUAUUUCUUUACGUUUAAUGUUAUAUUGAUUUCGUUUCGUCCCAAUCUCCCGAUUACAUUUCAGGUUUUAUCAUUGUUAUUAUAAAUUCGUACAGAUCAUUUAAUUUAUUAAUUAAUUAUAUGUAUUUUUCCGUAAAAUAUUAUGUGCAUUUAGGUGAGAUUUACUAAUUUAAUAUUAACAUUCAACCGCUUUCAUAGUAGUAUUAUCUUAAGAAAUGGGUCUUUGCAAAUGUCCAAAGCGCAAAACUACGAGUCAUUUUUGUUUUCAUCAUUGUGUCAAUGUUUGUGAGCAUUGCAUCGUUAACAACCAUACUACAUGUACAGUUAAAUCAUAUACCACCUGGUUGAAAGAAGCCAGUGGUGGCAUAUCGUCAUCAUCAGCUACAGCGGCUGCAUUAUGUGCGGUUUGCCAAAAACAAUUUGUUUUAACAUCAAAAGAAAUUGACAGUUCAACAGUUCAUUUCAAUGGUUCUAGAAGUAAUACAAAAACUCCUAUACGUCUUUUAUGUUAUCAUGUAGUGCAUACACGUUGUUUAUCAUCUUAUGUUAAGAAGCAAUUUAAAGAAAGAAACAUUUUGAAAUGUCCAUCAUGUGAUCGGGAAUUAUGGAUACAACAACAAGAGCAACAAGAGCAAUCACAAGUUACUAAUGAUAACUCAGGAGUUGAUUCCAAUGAUUUAACACCUGUUGCAUCACUGUUGUACAAACAUUUAUUGGAUAAUGGCAGUUGGUGGGGCCAGGCAAUAAUUACAAAUGAAAAUGUGAAUAAUAUUGAAAAAUAUUUACUCGAAAAUGAACUUCAUGAACCUGAAGAAGAAUCUGAUGAAGAAAUACAACAAUUUGAAGACUAUACAUCUCAAACAAAUAUUAUUUCAGACAAUAAAUCUCCAAUCACACUAGCUGAAAAAAUGCAUUUAGCUGAUAGUAACAUUGAUUAUUACAAUCAUUAUGAACUAGCUCAUACAGUACCAGAUGUAACAACUAUAAACUACCGUAAUAAUACAAAUCAAAUAUAUCAGCCAAUCCAUCAUCGGCACUUUAACAAUAACUAUGGUCAAGAUUCAGCAUUAACAUUACAGCAGCUGCAACAUCAUCAACAACAACAACAACAACAACAGCUACUACAGCAAAAACAAUGUUCAUCUGUUAAUAUGACAACAAUUGCACAAAGUUCUGAUUUGAAUAAUAGACAUGUAAUAACGUCCAUUACUCCAUUAUUAAAUAAUGAAAAUAAUUUGAAUCAUGAUGAACACCAGGAUCCUAGUGGCAAAUAUAGACCUAAAAAGUUUAAUAAUCAGUCUUGGUCUUUAAGUUACCAACGGCUAUUGCAAUAUUUUCGUGGUACAAACAACAAAGCAGAAGAUAAUAGUACUACAAGAAUUGUCACAGUAAUUCUUUUUUGUUUAUUAAUCAUUGUGGUUUUACUAGUAGCUAUUACUAGUUAUACACGUUCCAAUAAUGAGCCAUUUGAUAAUAAUAGCAUAGAUUAUGCCGGAGAUGAUAUUGAGAACAAUGUCGGUAGUGCAGCAACAAAUUUAAAAAGUUUCAAUGUCAACAACUUGUAACACUUGUAAUUUUAUCAAUUUUACUAAAAACCUUGAUGUAUUGUUUCAGAUUAGACUAAAAGUUAAAUAUGUUAUUGUUAAAGUUGUGAAUUAUUUUAAAAUCACAUCAAUCAUGAUAUUUUAUUUUGAGGUUUUCACUCAAUUAUUUUAUUAAUUACAAAAAUAUUACAUUCAAAUUGUAUCAAGUAUAGUAUUUUCCACAUAAACCUAGAAUUUAAAUGAAAAGUUUAUUUUUAUAUUAUACUUAUUUUAUUUGUAAAUCUGAAAGUAAAAAAAUUGAUUAUUUUUUUUUCAAUAAGUACAUUUAUUUGACAUUUAAACACUUAUUACACUGGCAAUAAUUUAUUGUUAAUGAUUUUUUUAAACAUUACUAUUAAAGAACAGUGUUACAAUAUUAUAAGUAUAUAAUCCUUUCUUUAAAAUAAAUAUUUUAAUGGUGUUCAAAAGACUUAUUGUAAUAUCUAAAUCUCUUCUAAUCUUUUUUUUUUUUUUUUUUUUGUGAUAUUACGUCUUGGUAAUAAAUUAUUAAAUUAUAUAGCUGUUUAAAGUCAUAUUUGUUUAUAUAUUAUAUUAUAUAUAUGUGUGAUUAUAUAAAUGUGCAAUUUGCUAUUAUUAUUGAAAUAAAUAUGUGAUUUUAUUAAUUCCUUAUUAAAAUUGA